AUGACGACCGACGUCAAUAGCGCGUCAAAACCGCAAGAAAGUGCAGUACAAGAUGCGGUCUCGUCUCGUCUCGCUGCGUGCCCAGCGCCGUCGCUAGCAUCGAGUAACGAACAGCGACUGUCGCUGGCUCUACUGGGACAGGAAGGCAGCGUCUUGAGCCACGCGUCGUCCCGUCUGCACGAAGAAGUGACGCGAGAGCUCUUUGUCGAUGCUAAUUAUGGCCUCUCGGAGCUGUCAGUGCGCGAGCGGCAGCGCGAGUGUGGACUCAAUGAGCUCGCGGGGAAGGAAGACGCGUCCGUCUUUGUCAAGUUUGCCGGCCAGUUUCAAGACCCGCUCAUUCUGCUGCUCAUGUCUUCCGGUGUCGUGAGUGUCGCCAUGGGGCACACGGACGACGCCCUGUCCAUUGCUGUCGCGAUCACGAUUGUUGUCACGGUGGCUUUUGUGCAGGAAUAUCGCUCGGAAAAGACGCUGGACGCGCUCAAGGAACUCGUGCCGCCACACUGCAAAGUGCUGCGAGCUGGCACAGUGAUCGACAUGCUGGCGAAGGAACUCGUGCCUGGUGACAUUGUCAUUGUGGACGUAGGAGAUCGCGUGCCAGCUGAUGCGAGGUUGGUAGAGGCAGUGGAUCUUGAAGUCGACGAGUCGAACCUCACGGGCGAAAACACACCCGUUGCUAAGGUUACUGAGGCUAUUGCAGACAGUCACUUGCACCCGAUUGCUGAGCGCAAGAACAUCAUUUACAUGGGCACAUUGGUGCGCGCGGGUCGUGGACGAGCUGUUGUGGUGGGCACAGGAGCACGCACCGAGUUUGGACAGGUUUUUGAUGUAGUGCACAACGUUGAGGAGCGCAAGACACCUCUGCAGAAUAGUAUGAACACACUCGGCAAGCAUCUCAGCAUGUUCUCACUUGCCGUUAUCGGCGUGAUUGUCGUUAUUGGCGUGAUCCAACAAAAGGGUAUGCUGGCCAUGCUUCAAAUCGGUGUCUCGUUAGCUGUGGCUGCCAUCCCGGAGGGUCUGCCGAUUUGUGUGACUGUCACGUUGGCAUUCGGAGUUAUGAAGAUGGCAAAACGACACGCUAUCGUGAAGAAGCUCCCUGCUGUCGAGGCGCUAGGUUGUAUCAAUGUUGUCUGUGUGGACAAGACGGGCACAAUCACGACGAACAAGAUGGAGGUCGUUGAAAUAUUCGUGCCGACUGAAAUUGUGACUGCUCACGUAAAUGGUGUCGGCGAGCAAGAUCCACGGGCACCUUCCUCUGGAGCAGCUCAAGAAACCGCUCAUCCGACCGUCACUAUGCGUGGAGAGCCUGUCACAGAGGCAUCGCACCCUCAUGUUUACCACUGCUUGCUGUCUGGCGCAUUGUGUAACAAUGCGACGAUUGUAAACCGCGAGGUAAUAGGCCAAGCAACGGAGGGCGCUGUCUUGCUAUGUGCGCAGAAAGUGGGAAUCUGUCCUUCGGUUAUUCAACAAUUCCGUCGUGUUAGCGAGGUGCCGUUUAGCUCGGAAAAGAAGUGGAUGGCUGUGUGUUGUGAGCUGCCUUCAGGUGGUCCCUCUCGCUGGCAUCUCAAGGGCAUGACAGAGGCUAUUUUGCCACGCUGCGACAAGAUUGAAGAUAAUUGUGGUCGUGAAAAGGAGAUGACUCCAACUGACCGCGAGCGUAUCUUUGUGGCAUCCCAGCAAAUGGCGGCUCGUGGUCUCCGCGUUCUGGCAUUGUCUUUUGGUGAGCACUCGGAUCGUGGCAUGGUGUUUGCUGGACUCGUGGGAAUCUCAGACCCACCUCGCGCUGGAAUUGAAACAUCUGUGCUUGAACUGUCUUUAUGUGACGUCAAGACCGUGAUGCUUACAGGAGAUUCCAAGGAUACUGCUAUUGCGAUAGCUACGAAAGUGGGCAUCAUUUCGAGCAACGAUUUUGGCAGUGCCGGCUACAACGAUAAGAAGAGCAACGGGCUGGAAGAGAUGGUAAUGUCCGGCCAGGAACUGGAGAUCAUCGACAUGGUAGAGCUCGAGCAGCGCAUUCUGAAGACGUGUGUGUUCUACCGGACCUCACCUCACCACAAGCUUAAGAUUGUUCAAGCUUUCCAAGAGGUGGGACUAAUGGUGGCUAUGACUGGCGAUGGCGUGAAUGAUGCCCCUGCACUAAAAGCAGCAGACAUUGGCAUUGCUAUGGGCAUAAACGGAACGGACGUUUCGAAAGAGGCUGCGGACAUGAUUUUACUCGACGACAACUUCAGCACAAUCUUGUGCGCCAUGGAAGAAGGCAAGUCGAUCUACCACAACAUCAAACACUUUCUGCGCUUCCAGCUCAGUACAAGCAUCUCUGCGCUAUGCCUGAUUGCAUUUUCCACGCUGUUCAACCUACCGUCUCCGCUGAAUGCCAUGCAAAUUCUGUGGAUCAAUAUCAUUAUGGACGGACCUCCAGCGCAAAGUCUUGGCGUGGAGCCUGUCGACCAUGACGUGAUGAGGGAAGGCCCGCGCUCGAGAGAUGCCAGCAUUAUUACGCGCGCGAUGAUAUCUCGCGUACUGACAUCAGCCUGCUUCAUUGUGUGCGGCACCCUUUACGUAUUUUGGGUGGAGUUGAGUGCUGAUGGCACGGUAAGCAAGCGCGACCGUACGAUGAGCUUCACCACUUUCGUGAUGUUUGACAUGUUCAAUGCGCUCUCGUGCCGGUCAAACGACAAGUCCGUCUUUGAGAUUGGCAUUCUUUCCAACACGUUCUUUGCCAUUGCAGUGGGUGCGUCGCUACUGGGCCAGCUCCUCGUCAUUUACUUCCCACCGCUUCAGGCAACGUUCCAGACUGAGGCGUUAACGUUUGGUGACCUGAUCUACAUCUGCAGCAUUGCAUCGACCGUGCUCAUUUUUGACGAAGUUCGCAAAUGGCGCGAGCUACGUGGAACAAUGCGGUCGUCCAUUCCCGUUGGUUUCAAGCAAAUGAAGAGAAAACAUUCGGGCGAUAACGGUGUACAGAGUUUCGAUGUUGUAUAA